AUGAUAAAGCAAUAUUGGCUGGAGUAUUAAUAAUUUACAAUCGGAUUUUCAUAGAUCAUACUUUCAAGGGACUCUAAAUAUUUCUGGAUCUUCAUUGAAGUAGUUGCUCAUCUUUAAAAACUAGCAUUACUUUUUCUAUUCAAAGUAAUUAUGGAAAUUCUUCAAGUUAGAAUUUUCAAUCACUAUAUCAAAACAACUGAUCAAUAUUCCUUGUUUGAAUUGAUGUCAAAAUUAUCUGUUCCUACUAUCUUAUUAUUUGAUAGUCUAACUUAUGAUGGGAUUAUUGUAAUACAAUCUCUAAUUAUCCUAUUCCUAUAUGGACCCAUAGUAUUCACAUUUUUUGCAAUGCACAAAGAGAAGUUCGAGUACUCUACCAUUAAAUACUGUUCCUCAAUUGACGAUCAAGACAACCUUAAUUAUAAUCUAAAUUUAUUGAAUCGUUCCUACAAUAUGCACAACUACAUUGAAUACUUUCUAUAAAAAUAAUUCAUGGGCAAUGAGUAGUCCUCAUUUAAACAAAUGGAGAAAUUCAUGUAAGCCUCAUUUUUGAAUAUAUACCCUCACAUUAUAGUAAUCCCAUUGCUAAUUUGGACUUUCGUAAUUUGGAAUAUCAUAUUUUAUGAUGAUAAAUUAGUUGGCUAUCAAUUUGGAUUCAUGAUCUUUUUUAACAUCAUAAAUAACAUCGGAACUUUAUUAGUUUGGUAUUUAUCUAUGCAAAUCCAAUAAACCUUUACAAUCAGAGAUAAUAAUCAUCUUAGACUAAUUAAGUCGUUUUGGUUUAAUUUAUCAUAACUCAUCAUUAUCUUACCAAUAAUCAUCCAGUAGUUUUAUUUCAUUAUGUACUAAGACAGUGAUUAUGAUAAUAAUUCGACUCAUUAUUAUCUUAACAAUGCUACAAUUCUAAUUCUUCAAAUUGGGAAUUUAAUUGAGUUCUUUAUUUGUCUUCCUUUUAUGGAGACUUACAAAACUGAAACAAUCCUCAUUAUCAUUCCAUUUACUAUCACUGUUAUCAUAUCACUAAUUUCAUAGCAUAAUCAAAUUGAAAUCAUAUCUAUCUCUCUGAUAGCAGUGCCAUUGGUUUCAAGAUUUUUGAAUGAGAUCAAAAAGUAUCGAAGUGACUAAAUUCUAUAUUAGUCAUAAUAUAAAGAAAAAUAGAGAUCAAAAGUAAGAGCUCAAUCCAAAACUGGACUUCUAGUUGAAGAGGAAUAAUAAUUUGUUAUAGAAAAGGAAUUGAACAAUCAAAGACAGAUUCAACUUGAAUUUUUACAGAAUCAAAAUUCUAUAUUUUUCAUUCAUUAUUUGAGAUUAGUGGAUUUGAUGAGACUUGAUAAUCAAUAAAUUAUUGAGAAAGACAAUUCUGUCAUCAAUGUAAGCAGAUCUAAAUUUCUAUUGAAUGUGAUAGUGCUAUUAAAACAACAUAUCAUAGUAUGUGACAAUGUUUAUUGUUAUUGCAAAGGAUUUAGAGGAGAAGCCAGAAGGAUUAUUGAAAAUAAUUAUCAUGAAUUAGAGAUGAGAAUCUAUAAAUCUAUCAAGAUUAAAAACAUCUCAAUUCAAGUUGAGUUGAUUAAAAGAUACAUCAGAUAUUACACAAAACUCAUAUUCGAAUUGGAAAAAGAAAAAGAAAACUUUGAUAUUAUACGAAUCACGUAAUUACUGACUUAUCUUGGAACUUCAGAGGAAUGCUAUUAAAUCUUGUUAUUAGUGAUGGAGAUCAAGGAGAAAGUCAUGAAUUUAAAGAAUCAAUCCUAUAAUGUAGUAAUGACUGUGUUAUUGAGUUACAUCAAGCAUCAUAUUCUGCAGAAGAUGAAUCCCUUAGUAAAGAUUGAUGAGGUAGAAGCAGCAUUGCAAUACAAGGAUUAUCGAAUAACAGAAGUCAGAAGAGAUAAACUCAUAUCAGAAAUGUUUAAUAAUAUUCAAGUGAAAUAUGACUUUAUUAGAAAAUUAAUUGAUACAAAAUAUAACUAUGAAAACCUAUAUUAAGUAAUUAAUAAUAUGGUGAAGUAUAAUUUAGAAGUUAUUCAGAAAAUCGAAUAGUUUAAUCAAUUUUCAUUUUCGAGAACUAGUCUAUUAAUUUAUAUGUUUUAUUCUAUUGAAAUCCUUAAUGAUUUCGAUAAGUUCAUUAGGUUGAGAAAUCAACUGAAAACUAAGAAUUAUAAAUUCUUCGAAUUCAAUGCACCAAAUAAUCAUCAACAAGGAGCCAAGGUGUGCUAUUUCAAAAUUAAUUUAGCAAGACAUGCUUAAAAAGGGAAGAUCUCAAGAGGAGAAAUCAUUCAGUUCUCAAAUAAUGCUCCUCAUAUGUUUGGGUAUGGAUUAAGAGAAUUCAAAGAUGAAGUUUUGACUGUGCAUCAACUGGUUAUUCCUCAUCUGUCGGCUAUUCAUGAUCAAUUGAUCGAGAUCUUUUUGUUGACUAAUAGACCACAAAUCUUGAGGAAAAAGAGAGGUUUACUAGGAUAUAAAAAGAAUAAAGACUUGAUAUUUGUAGAAAUGUUUAUAGACAUUUGUUUCAAUAUCCAAGGAGAUGUAUUCCCAGUUUACUGUUUUUUAAAAUAAAUUAGAUCUGAUGGAGCCUAUGAAAAUGUCAAAGGACAUAUCUUCUUAAAUCAUGAGUUAAGAAUUGAAGGGAUAUCUACUAUGGCUUUGGAAUAAUUUAAAAUGAAAAAUGGAAAAUCAUUAUAUUUAAAAAAGAUAUUCCACUUAAUUUAGAACUUCAAAAAGUACUUAGAUCUUUUGAAUGGCAAAGAGAAGAAAUUCCAAGAAUAAGAAGCACUACGAUAAGAGUAAGGAAGUUGUACUAAAAAAUUAGAGUAUAAUGAGGCUGAAUAACUGUUGAAUCACUUUUCUGUUUCUGCAGAUGAUCUAUUAUUUAGAAUUCCUAAAGAAGGGACAGCCCCAGAAACUUAUUGUAUAUCCUGUAAAUUUAUUAUGACAAUUGGAAAAAUCAAUUAAAAAGAAUACAAAUCAUACUUAAUUUUAUUAUAGAAAAUAACAUUUGCAGAUAACACCAGUUAAAUUUGGAUAGAGUCUUCAAGAAAUCUAUAAUCAAGAACUAGAACAGAUACAAACUUUGUCCCCUCUCUCUAAAGAGAACUCUCUGGUUCAGAAAAGCAUGAUGAUGAAAGGAUGUUCACUAAUAGUGAUCAAAAUUGUGAAUUUUCAAAUAUUGACGAAUAAAAACUUAAUCAAUCGAUCAAUUUUCAAGAAUAUCAAUUUCAGAUAGGCCCCAAUUUUCACAGUCCCUUUGACUCUUAAAGAGAUCUAUUAUCCUUAAUUAAUGAAGAGAAAAGCUAGAUUCCAAACAUCCAAAAUUUAGACUAAAAUAUUAACAGUGUUCAAAUUGAUGGGCUGAGUCUACAACAGUUAUAAUAAAUAAACAAGAGUUCUCAACAUAUUAAACCUAAACAGAAACAUCAACUAUCCUACUUUUAUAAGUCGGUAUCCAAGAAAUCCUUUGAUGUCGAAAAUAAUCAAUCAGAAAAUUAAUAAGUUUAAAAAGAACAAGAAAUUAGAAUUACACAGACAGCUACCACUCCUAAUAAUGGAUUUCCUUCAAUCCUGUAGAAAACACAUCUUUAUAGUAAGUUUUCUUCAUAAGGCAAUAAUCCCAGAUUGAUCAAUGUAAUUUUGAUGAUUGAUGGUUUGAAUUUGUUGUUGCUCUUAAUUUUAUCUUUUAUUUUCUACUUUAGUUUCCAAUAAAAAUUGGAUGAUAACAUGAAAAUUGUUGGAAUCUUAAAGGCUUUUGUAACUACUGAUUACACUAAGAAUACUUUAUUGGCAAUAGGUAUAGACACUAGUUAAUAUGAGGGAUACAUGACGACAGAAAUCAAUUAUCAAGAUAAGUUGCUUGAAUUGGUGCAAAAUAAUAGUGAGAUCUAUCUAUCACAUUAUCAAGAAUAUUUAGAUGACAGUCUUGUUAAAUCAACCUUAUCAAACAUAAACAUUAAUUAAUAUGAUGUAUACAGUGGAAAUGAACAAAUUGUGAGUGCAUGGACAGAACAAUUCUAUGUAAUUUAUAUGUUGUAAGGAUUGUAUGGAAUAGAUUUGAAUAAUGUGACAACCAUUUAAAGAUUCAAUAGUUCAUUGAUCUCAUUGAUAAGACAGUAUCAAGUACACAAAGAAACAUAUGAGGAAUUGACUAUCAAGUUCUAAGACUAAUUAAAUUCUAAUGUUUCUGAUUUGGAAAUUCAAUAGAAUAUCUGUUUAAUUUUAUUUACUUUGACUGAAAUUCUAUUUGUCAUAACUUAUGUGGUGAUUUUCUCGCAAUCAUUUAAACUUUUGAAUAGAAUUCUGAGAAGUUGUGAAUAAAUAUCUUUUAAAGCACUGGAAACAGAAUCUAUUAGACUACUUUCAUUACAACAUCACUACUAGUAAUCCGCUGAUUUGAAUCUAUAUAAGUACCAAUUUUCCUUUAAAGACAAAUGUAAUCCAUAAACUAAUUUUAAUGAUUUUUUUGGGAGCAAAAAGGUCUCAUUGCGUUAUCAAUAGAUAGUGUAAUAAUUAGAGUAGAAAAAACAGUUUCUGAUAGCUGAUGAAAAGCCAUAUUUUUAAAGAUUCUUUUUUUUGUUCUCUAUAAUCACUUAUUUAUUAGGUUUUGGUUAUUUCCUAACAGUAAAAUUGUUUAACUCUUAAAAUAUUAACGAUUUACAAAAUAAUUUAGAUCUAUUCAAUUAAAAUAUCAUAUAUACUGAAUAAUUUUACUAAAUGAUGAUGGCUGAUUCGGUUCUACUGAGAUAUUCUAACCAUAAUUAGAAUUCUAAAUUAGGUGAAGAUGUAAUUGGUUAAUACAAACAAUUGGUCAACGAAUCCUAUCUUUAAGUUGUGACCUUCACUUAAGAACUAACAUCUUAAGCAUAAACAAGUUAUUAUGAUUUAUUGUAAUUCUUGACUACAGAUGCUUGUGUUUUAAUUAAAGAUGACAUGUGUAGAGUUGUGAUCGAUGGUAAACUCACUCAGGGAUUGAUCUAUUCGACAGAUUAUUUUAGCUAAAAGGUUAGAGAAAAUAUUCAAAACGAUUAUAAAUCAGAUUUUGUAUCAAACAUUACCAUUUUAGAUUUAUUUGGUUUAAAUUACAUAGCAAUAGGAUUUGAAAAUAUAAUGUCAUCUGGGUAAUGGUAUUUAAUAGAUAAAUUUGAUCAUGAAGUCACUGCAAGACGAUUGCUAUUUGCUUUAUUUCUUUGCAUUAUUAUCAUUUACCAAUGUUUGGCAUCUUUUUUACUAUUUCGAUUUUUCAAGAAUCGUUUUUUUAUAAUAAGACAAUUACCUUACAUUUUGCCACCAUAAUCGGUUUAUGGAGAAGACAGUUUUCUAAAGACUUUGAUAUAUGUGGAAAAAAUAUAUGAUAAUCUCUCAUAAUGA